CAUGGAGGGUACAACAUCAAAAGCUCCAGGACGCACCACACCAGAGCACAUAUCAGUACACGAACCCUGCGACUACUUAGUCAUAAACUGUCAUAGAGCUUAUCAGACUGGAAAAGUUUGCGGCAGAAGCAAUUAUCAUCGUACGCGCACAUUCAAAAACUAUUGUAUGCUGGAUUUUGCGAAUUGCAUAUUGAGAUAUGAAAGUUUUCAAGUUAUUCAUAUGGGGGAAUGCUAUGAAUUAAAAUAUAAAGUAAGGAUUGUAUGUGAAUGGAAGAGGGACAUUUGGAUGUUUUGGAGAUGGAACAGGGUAUGUGAUUAUAAAGACUCUAAAGAAUAUUACCCUCUAUCGGAUCAUGGAUCAUAUGAAUUAAUAGAUAGAUUUCCUUGGCCACAUGUUUGAUUAUGUAAAAAUAAUAAUAAAA